GGUCGCCAUGGUUGCAGACAGGAAGCUGAAUACAAGAGGAAGCUCUCGCAGGCUUUUCAUUCAAAAACAGCGUUUGUUUUCUCAGUUUAAAAUAUAUAUAUAUGUCGUUUUACUGUAUGAAUACUUUUCAUCGUUGAUUUAGUGAGUGCAUUGCACAACAAUAAACGCUUUUUCAUUUCCACUGCAAAUAUACAUUAUAAAACGAGGUCAUACGGAAUAUUCCUUUAAGUAUGUGUGAUAACGUCCUAGCCUGCACAGUUAAGACCCCCGUGGCCCUGCAGAUUGGGGAUGUAAAGACAGACACAGCAAGGCCAGGUGUUUUCGUAAUUGAUGUUGCCUUCCCACAGAGUGUGAAUUUGCAUGAGAUCUCCUUCAAGAAUUAUUACACUGCCUUUUUAAAUGUGCGACUUCAGAAAGUGGACCCAGAGUCUCCAGAAAGUGGAGCUCAGUGGGUUACCUGCCUGCGUAAUCACUGCCUCAUGCCCAACCCGCACACCGAGGAAGGCUCGCAGGACUACUUCUCCAUCUACAGACAGCAGAUGCUAAUGGAGCCAGAUAACGUGACUUCAGUCCGUCUAAUUCUGAGACAGCCUUCUUCAGUGUGGCUAAACUUCACCCUGGAAGACAUUAAAAUUACGGAGUGUGGCACUGAGAAUUCAGAGAAGAAAAGUUCAUCUUGGUUUUCCAACUUAACACCUGUGGAACAGCCCAUGAAUCUACAAGCUGGACUUCCUGACCCAGAGAAAGUGUCGUCCUGCAUCCAGCAGAUGUGGGCCUUAACAGAAGUGAUGCAGACCAAUCAGACAAGCGCACGCGUUGGCCGAUUUGAUGUGGAUGGCUGCUAUGAUAUCAACUUGCUCUCCUACACGUAACACGGGCUUGUCCAACUGAAUGUGAGUGCGAUCUUCAAUGUGUAGAACGGAUCCUGUGAACGAGACCCAAUCCCCUGAUCAUGAGGAAUCUUGCUCAAUUAGUGUUCAUUCUACAAAUAACAUAUUUAAAAUAUGUACUAAAAUAUAUAACAGUAUUUAAAAGAUGUACUAUUUAUGGGCAGUUGUAUUGCAUUACCUGUGUCCCUCUUCAAAUGACUGAAAAGAAGUAAUUCAAUGUUAUAGGAAAUGGCACUGAAAUUUUACUGUUGUGACUCAAGCUGGAUGAACUGGUGUGCAGGAUCAGUGAACCUGAGUGGGCAUUUAGACCAUACGCUUGCUUAUAUUUUGUCCACUUCUGGUCAAAGAUCACUACAGUGACCCCUGGUAUUAUUUGGGUUAAUUUGCUGUCUUCUCUUCUGUUACACAAUCUAUCAAAUAUGUAUUGUACUGUACAUAUUUGCUUUGCAGCACCAUAUACAAUAGAUGUGAAAUGAGUGUAGAAAAUGCAAUGAUAUUAUAUAUUAAUUUAACAGAAGUCAUUAUUAUGCUACUGUGUGUCCCUACAUAUAGCUGCAUGGCAUCUAAAACUGCACAAUGAAUGUUAGAAGUAUCAAAUAUAUUUAACAGCUAAUACAUCUGUAAAAGCAUGUAUGAAGAAAGGUAGUUGUCUUUUGUUCCACAUUUUGUAAACACACAAACCUCUCACAUUUGAACAAAUAUUUUCUUUUAAGAAGUAUGGUAUUCAAAAGUAUCAUUCUGUACUACCUAAAUCAUCGAUUAAUUAGAAGAAAAAAAAGUAAGCAGUGUUUAUUUUAGCAAAAUACUUUUUAUUGGUUACGAUGAGCGUUUCUAAUAAGGCAAAGUUAUCUUCUAAAGUGUCAAAGUGGUUGAGGAAUAAUAACAAGGUACCUGGAGGAAAGCUAAGCAGUGAGAUAAUGGGAGGGAAGAGUUCUGUUUUCAAAACAUGUUUUAUUCACUUUUUUUCUUAUUCAGAUUUAUUUCAUUUGGUGCCAAGUACAGGUUAC